AGCGGCUACCGUAGCCUGGUUGUCAAACGCGCUCGUAUUUUCUCCGCCUUGUCGACAAUCAGGUCGCUGGAUGAGUGCACGGAUUCCCAGCUGUAAAUAACCCAGUUGAGCUUUUGUCGCUCGCGCGACCAUAUAGAAGCUUCCCAAAUGCUACCCGUGUAAGCCCUUUGGACCCAGAUAUCCUCGAUUCACCCGGUCGGUCAUCCUUUCGGCGAUAUCCAGCCCGCAACCAUUACUACGAGCUUCGCAUGAGCAUGAGCCUGAUUAUCAUAAAUUAUUCGCCAGCGAAAAGUCCUUUAACUACCUGCACAGCACAUAUACACUUUGUGCCCAGUCAUCCGGCGUGUCUAAGACGCGCAUAUCAUAUCGCGUCGGCCACUCAUGCUUGUACGGUCACCGAAGACAUCCUGGACAGAGUCGCGCGUCUCGUAUGUGGACGCUGCCUGCCAACAACUAUUGUAUUUCCAUCGCAUAGAAAGAUACACGCAGAUUAUACUCUAGUUGACGCGAGACAAUUCCAGGGAAAUAAUAAGAUCAAGGAAAUGCAAGUAUAUGACGCAAAGCAAAAGGUACCAUGGAUGACGCCAGGUUCUUAUGUGGUUUCUUCUAAGUUCCAUUCAUAUCUCUACGAAACUAACAGACUAAAUGCAAGGAAGAACGAGCCUGGUUGGAAUCAUAGAGCACGCCAUGGAUCUGUCCUACGCAGAAAUGACACGACUGGUCGAAGUCGAGAUCCAUCGCUCCCGUAAUUUCUUCUUGACUUAAGCAGAAACUUGGUCGAUGGUUGCUGCAAGAGGUCGCAUCUUCGAUACCCGAUUGAUGGCCCAGUCUCGAUACCAAGGUUCGAGACGUCUGCCAUAGAUAGCUACGCGUUGAGCUCCGCCGCGA